AUGUCCCAUGGUGCCAUCGCCCAUAAGUCCUCCAACUUCACCGUUAUUGACUAUGAGCGCGACUACUUCAUCCUCGCCAUCCUCCACCGCUCGCGUCAGGAGAGGUGGGGCCGCUCCCGUUGUGGUCAACGCCACGAUGCCGCCACUGCCAGCAGUGGAGAGGCAGACGUCAGUCUAAAGAAGGCCGUUUCCGUCACCUCCACUGCCAUGUCGGAGAAGAUGAUCCUGAGGAGGAAUCCGAUGGGAUCUGAAUUCAUUGAUCCAAUGCUCGUGGGGUUGAUGCUGGAUGCUUUUGGACUGAAGCCCUACGAAUGGGACUACGAGAGCUAGUUGAGAAAUUUCCAGUGGUAGAAGGAGAAGUACCUUCUUUCUAUGGCGGUGUACUACCCAUAUGCGGUGGCAGAGGGGGGGUACGUGUUGGACGCCAAAAAGAUGAGCAUGGUCACUGCGGGGGCGGCGAUGGCACGACCGACGGUGUGCAAGGAGUGCGAAGGGGGAAGA